ACAUCAGUGGUGUGUAACAAAGAAACCGAGAUGCGGUUGAAAGCGUUGUGACGUCACUGGGGUUUCUGUAGUGGCCUUUUAAGAAGCAGCAGGCAUAAGACAUCACUGAAAUUUUACAACAUAUACCCGAUAAUCGAACUUGAAGACACAAGGCCUGAGAAACUAUCAGCAGUAUGCACUGGGAGAAAUUGCCAGCCCCAGAGCAGCCGUGUCCCCGGCCGUAUCAGGGGGUACGAGUCAAGGACCCUGUUAAAGAGCUGCUGCAGCGGAAGAGAAGAGCCAGCCUCAGCAACUGCAAGACACCCACUACUGCGGUUGUGGUCCCAAACACUGUGUUGUCUUCAUAUCCUCAAGUUGGGGCCUCUGGUGUUUUUGAGAUGGGAGGGGGUGUUUCAGAUGUGCCAGCUGUUGAAAAUGGGGCGUUCUGCACAGGAUGGAUUGCCCAGGCUGCACCUGCAGCCUUCCAACCUUUGGCACAGUGGCCAUGCCAGGAGCCCCUGACCCAUGACCCCUCUGGCCCCGCCCACACCACGGACAUGUAUGUGCAACCCAUGUGUCCCAGCUACACUGUGGUGGGGCCGUCCUCCAUGCUGACGUACACGCACACGCCCAUCUUCGCUAACUUUGGGGCCAGAACUGCGACCUCCACGUCACUGCCCCAGGUGGACCUGCCUGCAGACACCUCAGUGACGUACAUCCCCUGGACACAGCCCCUCGCCACUGUCUCCCCCCCAGGGGUGCAGUGCGCCCCUGGGACUGCUCCCUUCUCCGGCCCCCAGCUGGUGUCCCUGCCAGUGCCUCUGCCCUUUCCAGAGCCUGACCCCCUGCAGCUGGAGCAGGCUCGUGCCACGGUGGCACAUCUGCCGUUGGAGCGGCUCCUGGAGGAGGACGACGACGGAGACACGAUCCUGCACAUCUACGCUGCGAAAGAGAUGCGCGAGCACGUCCGCGCAGUCGCUGAGAGGCUGCGGAGGCUGCACAGAGUGUGCAAGAUUGACGCCAGGGAACAUCGAGGAAAGACACCCCUGUUGGUAGCAGUGACCACCAACCAACCGCACAUUGCUUGUGACCUCAUCAGGCUGGGGGCUGACGUGAAUGCAGCUGACAACCGAGGCCAAACCGCUCUGCACAUAGCUGCAAAAUAUGGCUAUCCAGAGGUGAUGCAGGUGUUGGUGUCCACAUCAUCGACGCUGGAUUUGCAAGCAUUUGACUUUGAAGGCCACAGUCCACUUCACUGUGCCGUUCUGUCCCACAAUCGACUACAUCGCGAAACGCAGCGAAACCUCAAAGCGCACGUGAAAGGCUCGGAAGAGCUGGAGAUGGGGAAAUUUAAGGUGAUGAACUGCAUCAUGCUGCUGCUGCAAGCAGGAUCUUGCCUCUCCGCCCAGGAUAUAAAGAGCAGUAAGUCUGUAUUGCAUCUCGCAGUUCAGGCUGGGAACUGCAGCCUGCUCAGGUUCUUCCUGGAAGUGAACGCUGGCGCUCUUCCAGACUUCAUUAACAUGAAGGCCCACGGGAACACGGCCCUGCACAUGGCAGCCGCACUGCAUGGCGAGAGCCAGCAGGAGGCAAUUGUGAGUCUGCUGCUGGCUCACGGGGCAGAUCCCAGCCUCCGGAACCUGGACAAUGAGCAGCCUGCCCACCUGCUCCCUCCUGGGGCAGCGGGAGAGACGAUAAGGGGGCUGCUCAGAAGGGCCAAAGGCAUGGCGCCAGCCGUCCAUCCCUCUUCACACCGAAGCACCAGGCAGAACCAGGACCGAUGAUUCCCCACAUUCAGAGUCCAAGAUGGGCGGUGCUUUACUGCCAUCUACCCUCCUGUACUGUAAUGAGAGAACAAGGCCAAUCAUCAUGUUUGCCAAUCAUUACCUAAAAUAUUGAUUUUUCUAUCUCAGACUUAUUUGUGCUUAUCAAGUAAUAGUUUGUUCAUGCGCACUUCAUGCAUUCAUAGAAAUAUUUUACAACAUUUGCAUAAAUGUAUGAGAUAUAUAUUUAUAUGUUUUGUACACUAAAUGUACACUAAAUUUGUUAAAUGCAUGGAAUGUGUACUUAAAAAAUUUUUUUACAUAUUGUGGGAAACCACCAGAUAAAACAAGCAGCUUAAAUGUAUUUUUUCAUUAUGAAAUAUAAUUUAUAUUAUAAUAUAAUCUAAGAUAUAUACUAGCAUAUUUAUUAUUUAGACCUGACAUUCCAAACCUACUAAAUAUAGGAAUGGAUGUACACGUGUACGUUGUAAUGUAAGAUAAAAGGUUA